UAUGGAUAUGGGGAUUUUGGAUUUUUUGAUCGGGAGAGAUGCAAGAAAGUUCAUCAAACGGAAAGACAGUGAUGCAGGCGAAGCAGGUCGAGCGCUGGAGGAACUGCGAAGCUCCCUCUACAAUGAGCUUCGAACAUCAGAAGGGGCCAAGCGACAACAACAACGGCUUUGUGGACCCACUGUGGCAAUGACCUUCAAUUUUUUGGUUGCUGUUGGGAUAAUCAUGGCUAACAAAUUGGUGAUGGGAAAGAUUGGAUUUAAUUUCCCAAUCUUUCUCACACUAAUCCACUACUUUUCUUCAUGGGUUCUACUGGCCAUCUUCAAAGCACUUUCAUUACUUCCGACCUCUCCUCCUGCCAAAUCCACACCAUUCUCUUCUCUCUUUUCCUUGGGCACAGUCAUGGCACUGUCCACUGGCCUUGCCAAUGUCAGCUUGAAGCAUAACAGUGUUGGUUUCUAUCAAAUGGCCAAGAUAUCUGUUACUCCAACCAUUGUUUUGGCAGAGUUCCUUCUCUUUAGAAAAAUGGUUUCUUUCAAUAAGGUUAUUGCUCUUUCCAUUGUCUCAGUAGGUGUAGCAGUGGCAACCGUAACGGAUUUAGAAUUCAAUUUCUUUGGCGCUUGUAUUUCGUUAGCAUGGAUAAUCCCCAGUGCUAUGAACAAAAUUCUAUGGUCUAAUAUGCAACAAAAAGGCAACUGGACAGCCCUAGCGUUGAUGUGGAAGACGACACCUGUGACUAUUUUCUUCUUGUUGGUGUUGAUGCCGUGGCUUGACCCACCAGGAGUUCUGUCUUUCAAUUGGGAUCUCACUAGUACAUCUGUUAUCAUUAUAUCUGCUGGCCUUGGUUUUCUCCUUCAAUGGUCUGGAGCUUUGGCACUUGGUGCAACAUCUGCAACCUCUCAUGUUGUUUUGGGCCAGUUCAAGACUUGUGUGAUCAUGCUCGGAGGCUACCUAAUCUUCAAUUCAGACCCAGGAUUGAUGAGCAUUUGUGGGGCUACUGUUGCACUCUGUGGAAUGGCAGUUUACACCUCACUCAACUUGCGGGAGUCAAAGGAGAGUAGUAGUAAGCAACUGGCAAAACAGCUGGAUUCAUCGUCUUCAAAACCCAAGACCAGUGUUGGAGUCUCCACUGAGAAACCAGAUGUAAAAAGCACUACCACGAGUACUGUCUAAGAUUGUAAGCUGAGACUCUCAAAAGGGGGAAGGAAACUGAGGCUUGUAAAAUUUUUUGUCAUUUUCCUAGCUAUUAGUUACUCCGUAGUAUUAUUUUGUUGGCUUCUGGGUAGAAAAAGAAUCAUGUACAGACGUGACUGUCCACA